AUGGCCGUUUUAGCUCAAAGUGGUUUCUGCGAAACUCAGCAAAGUUUUCAGCUCCACAGCUAUGUGAUGAGGCUCCUUGUGGCCUGGGCCCUGGGGCUCGUGGGCACAUGUGAGGCUGCAAGGUUGCCGUUGGCUCGGUCAGAUUCAGAGGUCCGGCUGAGGCAAGCUGCUGCCGAAGACGCUGCCAAGGAGCUUGUCGAGGCCACGAAGGUGAAAUGCCAGGAAGCAAGGACGACCAGGCCAGGGCAACGGAACGAUUCUCCGGAGCCUCCAGAGAAAGAGCUUUGCCAGGAACUUCUUUCGAAGAGUGUCUCAGUGUCAGAGUCCGUAGCAGACAUCACAAGAAGCGUGAGCGCCCAGCCAGCAAUCGCUGCUUGGUUCUGCUCCGGGCUGAAACUUGCUGCUGGGCAUCUGAGAGAGGGUCCGCCGACGAAGUGCAUCGAAGUGGGCAAGGACCUCUUGAAAGGUCUGAACUACACCCUGAACGACGAUGGCGGGAGUACUGGCAAGGAACACGCCGAGAAAGCCUUGUUUGUUACGGCAUACCUCAUGAAAGCUGCUUGCGUUUUAGCACCCAUGCCCCCACCUUUCGCCACGAUGAUCGACAAGGCCGCAGACGCAAUUCUCGCAAAAAUGAAUGAAGAUGCAAAGAUGGACAUGCACAAUCUGGAGACCAAGAUGAAAGCUAUGAUGUGGGACGUCAGCCAUAAAGUUGUGGCUGAAGAGACCCUGCGCGUCGCCACGGCAAAAGCCAAGAUUGCGGAGGAGCAGAUCGACGACAUGAAGUCUUUAGAUGAGUAUAUGACCCACGAUCUAUGGAGUGAUGCCCUGACCUCAAUCAACAGGAUGCAUGACGAGGUUGCUGAGGUGAUGCAGAAAGUGGUUGAGUCUGCUCAGAAGAGUGCAAGCUUCAACCGCUGGGCCGCAAUUGAGCAGAGUUUAGCCACCAGCUCAGUGGACCUAACGCCCCCAAACUUUCUUACGAGCGUCGAAGAUCGUAGGCCCUUUGCCAAGCUUAUGGAGACCCACUUCAAGAUGCAGCUCGUGGUGCUUGCGCGCAUGUGGAGGGCGGUGCAAGAUACCGAGCACCAGGACGCAAUCAGAGAGGCCCUCCAGAAAAAAGCCCAGCGCGCAGCCCUCGAUAUCCUUCCUGACUUGAUUCUCCUCAAUGGCAGGAGUACUCCAGAGGAUUUCGAGCCCGGUGUGGAGGUCCAUGACGCCAAUGGAAUGCACUUCAAGUCUUUGGAUGAAGAGAUGUAUGAGGCAUUUUCAACGCAGCUUCUGCUGACAGCGGCCAGCGGCUCUUGCGCAAAGAUGGUAAAGCAGGCAGCCAAGCCCACGAACUCCUUGUACUUGAUCAAAUGCCAUUGGCUGCCAUUGCUUGGCGCCGUUCCCUUUCGACGUCCGCUCUCGGUGACUAGAGAUGUUUAUGACACCACGCACUUCGAGGUAUAUCUGGGCGAGUUCGAUGAGGAAAGUCAGACUGAGACUGUUGCUGAGUCAAAAUCAAUCAGGUUCAGGUGCGCUGAUCCAAGUGCCUACGUUUCAGGAUGGUCCGAAACGAGGAGGACAUUCCUCAGGCCCGAGAUUGUUGCAAAGUGCCGCAAUCCAGGAGCUGUUGCGCGUCAUCUAAAGUUCCAGUCGAGAGGAAUCUGCAGCACAUACCUGCAGCCACCCGGGAUGUCUGGCAACAUUGCAGAGCUGGUUGAAGUUGAGAUCGAUCCAGACGCGCCACCGCUGUCACGGCGGCAACCUAUAGGGAGUCACCGUCGGAUUCUCAGCAGCACCUGCUACUUUGCGCACCGCCAUUAA